AUGGCCCAUGUUUCAAAAAAGGAGAAAAAGUCGGGUUCGAAACCCCCAAAGUCACGACCUGUCGCGACGAGUUCUCUCUCGCAACCUGUGACCGCAGAUGCGGCCGCGCUCGCGGCAUUGAACGCCUUUUCUCCUGAUAGGCGGUCUUUUGCGCUGCUCUCUCUAUCUGUCGACAAGCACAGACUACGUGUUUUUGACACGGACAAUGGUCGAGCAAUUGCGGAAUACAUUUUACAAACCUCUUCUGCACGCUGUUUGCGCUGGGGACGAAUUUCGUCCGGGAGUGGCAGCGUCUCAUCCCAUAGCAAAAAGCGAAAGAAGGAGACACAGUUGUCUGCAAAAUCACCACCCACAUCAGUUGUGAUAUUGGGACUUGUCAACGGAUCCGUCACCUUUUUUUCACCAGCGCAAAAUGCCUCAGUCCUUACCCUAUCUCAUCCAACAUCGACAAGCCCAGUCUUGUCCGUGGAUAUGGACCAAGAUGAAAUCCGACUAUGGACCUCUAGUGCGGAUGGAGUCAUUCGCCUAUGGUCGAUACAAAGCGGAGAUUUAUUAGGUUCAUGGAGGUCCGAGUCCGUAACUCCUUACUCUCGACUCUUGUUGAGGCCACUGGAGAGCCCAGAGGAAGAGGAAUCACGGCAGCUUCUGGCUGCCCAUCAUGCCAUCGAACUCCUCGAGCUAUCCCCUCCGAAUCCUACCGAAACGCUGUCAUGCGAAAUGGUCACAAAAUUCGCUGGACAUGUGACUCCUGUGACAUCGAUGCAUUGGAUAUCAACCCUGAAGCAUGCUCGAUUUAUUACCAGUGGAGAGAGGGAUCGAUUUAUUCAGGGAUGGGCAAUUUCGUCCAAAGGAGAAGGAAGAAUAGCAUUCACAGCUUCUGUCGACAACGAAAUUCGGCGGGCGGAUAUUUCUUCCGACGCAAAGCGCUUUCUGGCUCUAUCGUCGACUGGAACCAUUUGCGUCUUCUCCACACCAGAGUAUAGCAAGCGAUCUUCCACUACUCCGCUAGAACCCGAUUCCGUUAUAGGGAUUGUAAUAGCCGCUAGUGGGAACACAACUAUACCCGCGGAUGUUGUGGACGCGGUCUUCGACGAAGACCUGGAGGACACCUUGCGAGUGACUCGGCUCGUGAGCGGAGCUCGACCGGUUUUUCACAGCAUACGAUUUACAGACGAUGAUGGAGCCUUCCUCCCACAAGUCCGGAUCAAAGCGUCAGACGCUAGUGUGACAAAAACAACCGAAGACGGCGCCUCAACUCAACGAUACAAAGAAUCCGAAAAGCUGGCGUUGGGUAGUGGGAUCACGUUACCGCACGAUGGCACCCUGGAUCCAAAUUUCCAGAUCGACGAUGGCACCCUUGACACCGAAAUGGCCGAGUUGACUUUGGGACAAAGGCUUCGAGCGAUGAACGGAGAGGCACUCAGUGACUCUCAAUCAGAGCCUGAGAGUUUAUCGCACAAAAAGAAGAAGGCAGGCCCGGACUCGAUUCAAGUUCCUGUUGAGUCUCUGUCACGGACACUCAUUCAGGCCCUCCACUCCUCUGAUACACGACUACUAGAGGGUUGUCUCCGAUACUCGGAUGCAAAGCUCAUCAAAAACACUGUUCGACGCCUUCCACCACAGUUAGCUCUCCCGCUUUUGCAAGUCUGUGUAGAUCGCCUUGCAAGAGGACGUGGUGGCAAUAAAGGGUCUGCAAUCGGCGGACAUUUGAUGACGAUGCCGAACCUUGUUCCCAAACUAUCAUCCCUUCAUUCAACAUUGACUAAGCGUCUGACGUUGCAAGAAAGGCUACUGUCGCUCAAUGGCAGGUUAGACCUGGCGUUGGCGCAAGUUGAAAUGCGAUCUGGCAAGUCGCCGGCACAAUUGGCAUCCAAGGCCGAACGACAGGCCAAGAAGGCGGACGACCACGUUCUAAAGUACGUGGAAGGCGACAGCUCCGAUGAGCAAGAAGAGAUGGAGGUCGAGGUCGAGAAGGGCAGCGAUGUAGGGAGCGUCGAGGACAUCGGUCUUGGUGGUAAAGGUACAGACGAGAGUGAUGCUGAUGGUUCGGAUGAUAGUGAAGGUUCAGAGGGCGAAGGCGAGAGUGAAGAAGAAGACGAACAAGGUACAGGCGAUAGUCUCGAAGAAGACGAUGAGGAGGAAGAGGAAUCAGAUUCCGAGGUGGAGCCUCAUCUCAAUGGCUUUAUCGACGAUGAAGCCGAAGAGUCCUGGGGUUCUGAAGAAGAUUCGGAGGAUGAAGAGGAAUGA